AUGCCAAACACUUCCGGGCUGCGCGUCGUCUGCUUCGCGUCUGCUCAGGAGUUCGUCCAUGCCGUAGAGCCGUUCGAUGAUCCCUUCAUGAAUUUCGGCUUAGGGACAGUCAUGGACACUGGCAGCCUCCCAUCAUCGACUGCCUCCAAAUAUGCUGAUGCAGGCGACUCAAACGCGGGUGGGACGGUCCACAACCCCAUGGAACGUUCCUUUGUCGCCGCAUUCGAAGGCGAGCGAUUAAUACUGACUGCAACAUACACAACGAAACCCCCUCCGUGCAUCCUUUCAUACCCUACCACGACAUCACCCUCUCCUAGCCCGCAAGACGCGGUCGCAGCCCUACUGGCAGCUUGGCCCAAUCUUCGCACAUCUCCUCCAUCGUUCACUGCCACCGCUUGCUUCGCUACCCUUGACACUCUUCGCUCUGCUGUGCAUCCCACCCCUCGCGUCGAAGAGGAUGUGGAAUACCACUACAAGAUAUGCUUUGCGGAGCCCGAGGACGCCCAGCCGCUGGUAGCCCUUGUGCUCGCGCUGUCCGCUCACUCACCGGGACCUAUGCGGCCGUCGCAUGCUAUCCUGAGCACUCUGCAGAAGGCGAUCGCUACACGAACAGUCUACGUCGUCCACACGGAUCAGCGACUCAGAGGUGAUCCUGAACCGAAUCAGCACACGAAGGAGCAUCGAGGACUGAUGGGGUUUCUGCUGCUUGAACGCAUCACACCGCCGCAUACGGUCGCCAUCCGCAACGUUUUCGUUGUGCCUGAGCACCGUAGGCGAGGCCUCGCCGAGACACUGGUGAGGGCAGUGACACAGGCUUGUCUUGGUCUCCCGGUUGAGAGUGCGCAAGGGCCGGCGAAUGUUGAGGUUGAAGUUGGUACGCCAGGAUAG